AUGUCAACCGACGCUGCUGCGGCCAAGUCGGCGACGACCGCGCAGUUUACUUCCGGUCUCGUCAUUGGUGCCAUCACCAUUGGAGUCUGCUUCGUCUUCUGGGGCGUCUUGCAUGCUCGCAAGAGCCUCAUCCGCGUCUUCCAGCCGCGUAUCGAGCUCGGCGCUCCCGACAAGCGCCCAGAAAAGCUCCCCGACAAUCCACUAGGCUGGUGGAAAACAAUUUUCCAAGUUAGAGACGAGCACAUUAUUACCGUCAAUGGCCCGGACGCCUACUUUGCCGUGCGCUACCUCAAGAUCUUUGGCGUCUGUCUCCUCGCUUUCUGCUCGUUCCUUUCUCUCGGUGGCCUCGUCGCGCCUGCUGUUGUCAAGCCCAACAAUGGCCUCACUGGCGUCAACAUGCUCACCUUUGGCAACGUCAAGGAGCCGCUGCGCCGCAUCCCUCACAUCAUUGUGUCGGCUGCCUUUAUCCUCGUGACCAACUACCUUCUCUGGCGUGAGUUCCGCCACUUUGUCGACAUCCGCACCCGGUGGCUAAAAUCGGACUCGGCGAGCCGCAAGUCGCGCACCGUCAUGAUCACCAAUGUUCCUAAGGACGUGUUCUCAGAGGCUGGCAUUAAGGAGCUCGCAGCUUUGGUUGCCGCUCAGACGUCGUCCGGCGUUCCUCGUCCCAGUGGCAUCUCCGCCAACACUCAUCGCGCCCCUGGCGGUGUCACCGAUGUUUGGCUAGCCCGCAAGGUCAAGGCCGUUGAGACUGUCUGGCAGGACCGUGACAAGGAGUGUAACCGCCUCGAGGGUGGCGUCGGCAAGCUCCUCAAGCUCGCCCAGAAGAAUCAGCGCAAGGGCAAGACCCCCGAGGCCAAGGGUACCUGGAACCAGGAGAGCGCCAACCCGGCCGACCAAUACGUUCUUCCCAAGAAGCAGCCCAAGUGGAAGCAGGGUUUCCUUGGUCUCUUUGGCAAGAAGAUGGAUCUCGAGACCUCGCCCCUUUACAUCCGGGAGAAGAACGACGAACUCGUCAAGCUCCGCGCCAAUGAGGACGACUACGAGCUUGGCAACGUCGCAUUUGUCCGCUUUGCCACCCAGGACGAGGCCCUCAACUUCGCCCGCCUCGUCAAGAAGUCCGACCGCAAGCGCUUCCUGAUGAUCAAGACCAGCUUUGAGGUUGUGCCCGACGACGUGAUUUGGUCCAACCUUAGUAUCAACCCUUACCAGCGCAAGGCUCGCACCUUCGUGUCGUGGGGCCUCACUAUCACGCUCAUCAUCUUCUGGACCAUUCCUAUGGCCUUCGUCGGUUUCGUGUCGAACAUCGACACCCUCAGCAACUGGACGGUCAACGGCACGAAGCCGUUCAGCUGGAUUCUCAAGAUUCCCGCAGUCCCGCUCGGUAUCAUCAAGGCGGUUCUUCCUUCGGCGGCGCUCGCGAUCCUCUUCAUGCUUCUGCCCAUCGUUCUCCGCGCUUGGAUCAAGCUUCAGGGCGAAACUCGCAAGUCCGAAGUCGAGUUCAAGCUCUUCACCCGCUACUGGCUCUUCUGGAUUAUCCACGGUUUCCUCAUUGUCACCCUCUCCUCGGGUAUCCUGCCGGCUCUCUCCAACAUCAGCGGUACUCUCAACUCGAUCCCGACCCUCCUUGCGGACCAGCUACCCGGCGCCAACAUCUUCUUCCUGGUCUUCAUCCUCACCGCGACUUGGUCUGCGGCUGCCAAAACCCUAGCACGUAUUGUGCCUUGGGUUAUGUGGCAGCUGCGCGGCAUCCUUGCCGGCGGAACUCCCCGCAAGGCGUUUGCGCAGAAGUACAAAAUGGACUCGUUCCUCUGGUCGACUACCAUGCCCAAUAUUUGUCUCAUUGUCGCUGUCGCCAUCAUCUACUCCGCCAUUCAGCCCCUCAUCACGGUCAUUGGCCUCAUCGGCAUGGUGCUCUUCUACUCGGCCUACAAGUACCAGCUUCUCUGGACCUCUGACCAGCCGGAGGAGAUGGAGACUGGUGGCCUCUACUACCGCAAGAUGCUCCGAACCGUCUUCGUGGCCUUGUACUUCCAGAUCGUCUGCCUGGGUGCCCUCUUCUUCCUCAUGAACAACACGGUCGGCUACGUUGGCGGUGCAGUCAUCAUUGCCUGCGGUGUGAUUACCGCGAUCCACCAAGCGUACCUCGACCACGUUGCCUUCAAGAAGGACGUUGUCAUGUACGGCUGGACCCACCUCUACUCAUCGAGCGAGACGCACCUCAACCCGGCCGAGAACGUUGUCAACGAGAACAUUCCAGGCGAGAAGACGCCUCCCAUCAUGGACGACGCUGCCGGCCUCACUGGACAAGACCGCAUCGACGUGCGUCACGAGUUUGACAACCCAGCCAUGUACAAGGCGCAGCCUGUCAUCUGGAUUGCCAACGACCCGCUCGGCCUCGGUAAUUAUGAGGCCAACCGGAUCAACGCUGAUGGCGUCGACGCGUCGACCGAGUUCGCGCACAUGGAUGCCAAGGGCAAGCUCGACGUCGACCGCUCGCCUCCCGACGAGGAUUGGGACGGCGGCGUGUAG